CCGCGCGCCGAACCGAACGCCAAAGCCCCAAACCACGCAAUCAAAAAAACAUCCACAAAAUCCCCGCACCCAGCGCCGCGGCGGGCCGGCAGCGUCGGCGGCGGGGCCAAUGCGGCGGGGGACGCGGCUCUACAGCCUCCUGGGCGUCCUCCUCCUCCUGGGCCUCGCCUACCUCUGGCUCCCGGGCAGCGGCCCCUCCUCCGGCGGCGGCGGGCCCGGCGGGUUCAAGCUCCCCGUGCCGUGGCUGCAGCCGCGGAUGUCCUUCACGGGCCGCGCCGGCACCCACUUCGCCGACGCCGAAACCGGCGCGCCGCUCUACGUCAACGGCUGGAACUCCUACUGGCUCCUCUCGUCGCGUUCACCCGCGCUGGCCGCCGAGAUGCUGCGCCGCGGCCGGCGCAUGGGGCUGACGGUCUGCCGCACUUGGGCGUUCAGCGACGGCGGGCCCGGCGCGCUCCAGAUCUCCCCCGGCCGGUUCAGCGAGCCUGUCUUCCAGAUGCUGGAUUAUGUGAUAUAUGAGGCCCGAAGAAAUCAUAUUAGAUUGAUUCUUUGCCUUGUCAACAACCUUGAUAACUUUGGAGGGAAGGCUCAGUAUGUUCAGUGGGCACAAGCAGCUGGUGCAAAUGUGACAAAUUCUACGGAUUCCUUUUUCUCUCACCCAACUAUUAGAGGUUACUAUAAGGAGUAUGUAAAGGUGAUAUUAACCCGAAGAAAUUCUUACAGUGGAAUCAAAUACUGUGAUGAACCUGCUAUAUUUGCUUGGGAACUCAUGAAUGAGCCUAGGUGUGUGUCCAAUUCAUCAGGUCCUCAUAUUCAGGCUUGGAUAGAAGAAAUGGCAGCAUAUGUUAAGAGUUUAGACACAAAGCAUCUUGUUACAGUUGGUAUUGAAGGAUUUUAUGGCCCUGGGAGAUCUGAGAGGCUGGGUGUCAAUCCUGGAGACUGGGCAGCUUCACUUUGCUCGGAUUUCAUACAGAACUCAGCUGUUAAAGACAUUGAUUUUGCAUCAGUUCAUGCCUAUCCUGAUAGCUGGUUGCCGAAGGCAAGCAUGGAAGAAAAAGUCAAGUACCUUUCUAACUGGGUUGAUUCGCACUUGAAUGACAGUGAAUACAUCUUGAGAAAACCUGUACUGUUUUCAGAAGUAGGGUACCUCCAGCAUCUGGGAGUGAACAAUAUGGUCAAUGGAGACACUAUCCUAAAACUUGUUUAUGAUAAAAUAUAUGAUUCAGCAAAAAAGCUGCAGGCAGGAGGUGGUGCUCUUAUUUGGCAGUUGAUGGUUGAAGGGAGUCAUAUGUACCAGGAUGGCUUCUCCAUGGUGGCAGGGGAACGUCCCUCAACAUAUAAGUUGAUAAAGGAGCAGUCAUGCCGACUGCAAAGGUUAUAUGGAAAAGAGGGUGACCCAGGUUGGGAAUGUUCAUUACCGCCCUAGGAAUUUAUCUACUAUAUCAAUAUCAAAGCAUCAAACUUCCUCAAUCACAAUCUGGAUCUCUGGAUUCAUGAAGAUGCACAUUGCUGUGACAAAUGUGAACCAGGGAUAUUUAUAGUAAACAGGUUGUUUAUAGCUGAAGAGCUAGACUGGUAGCGAAGAAUCCACUUUAGACGACAGAGAUGUCAAUUAUUUUCCGGCCGGUGAAGUUCUGAUCUGUGGUGGUCCAGUCAGAUUCUUUAUCGUCCAGCAUACAAUUGGUGGUGGUCAGCUAUUCGCCAAAAGAGGUAUAUAGAUUUUACUUUUCCUUUAGGUGCUUAUGUAGCUUUAAUAGCAAAUCAAUGUCAUACACGUAGUGGAAGUAGUUUCUGAAGCAUGCAUUGGCUGUUCUCUGCAUGAAGCUAGUGAUGUACUUCCUUUGGGACGUUUUGGUAUUUUAGGUUCAUAGAUUUUACUAUCUAUCUAGAUAUGCACUAUGUCUAGAUACAUAGCAAAGGUUAUGAAUCUAAAUAUGCUAAAAUGACUUACAAUUUGGGAUGGAGGGAGUAGUAUCCUUUUAAGACGAUGAAUGCAUUGUAAAUUAUAUAUGCGACCUUGAGGUCAAAGUGAAAGCCUGAAAGGGUCACCAA